GCACUAACACAUAUUUGUUUUAGUUUUGUGUGCAUUGUUGUUCACUGAUCCUGAUUCAGUACAUUUUCCAGCAGAGAUUAUUGCGAGAUCGCAGGUCAGGAGGAUGACUGCUCGAGUGUGUUUCACGUUGAUUGCUGUUUUAUCGUGUCUGUUUGGCUACUUGAGCAUAACUCACGCUAUUCAUAAACGAACCACAGUGAAGCCGGGCCAAUGUCCCCUACCGGAGAUGAUUCCACUGCGUGCUGAAAGCUGUUUCCAUGAUAGCCAGUGUCCUGUCACCCAGAAGUGUUGCCCAACCACUAUAGGCUUUGCAUGCAGUGAACCACGCGGCAAGAUCCAGGGCAAAGGCCAGGGUCAGGGAAGCGGCCAGGGCCACAGCCUAAGCCAGGGCCAGGGAAGCGGCCAGGGCCAGGGAAGCAUCCAGGGCAAGGGCCAGGGUCAGGGAAGGGGCCAGGGCCACAUCCAGGGAAGCGGCAAGGGAAGCGGUCAAGGCCAGGGCCAGGGAAGCGGCCAGGGAAGCAGCCACGGCCAGGGCCAAGGAAGCGGCCAGGGAAGCGGCCAGGGAAGCGGUCAAGGCCAUGGCCAGGGAAGCGGCCGGGGCAAGGGAAGCGGCCAGGGCCACAGCCAAGGCCAGGGAAGCGGCCAGGGCAAGGGCCAAGGAAGCGGUCAGGGCCACGGCCAGGUCCAGGGAAGCGGUCAAGGCCACAGUCAGGGCCACAGUCAGGGAAGCGGUCAGGGCUACGGCCAGGGUCAGGGAAGCGGUCAAGGCCACAGUCAGGGCCACAGUCAGGGAAGCGGUCAGGGCCACAGUCAGGGAAGCGGUCAGGGCCACGGCCAGGGUCAGGGAAGCGGUCAAGGCAAGGUCCAGGGAAGCGGUCAUGGCCACAGUCAGGGCCACAGUCAGGGAAGCGGUCAGGGCCACGGCCAGGGUCAGGGAAGCGGUCAAGGCAAGGUCCAGGGAAGCGGUCAUGGCCAGGGAGCUGGCCAGGGCCGCGGUCAGGGCCACGGCCAGGGAAGCGGUCAGGGCCACAGUCAGGGAAAUGGCCAGGACAAGGGAAGCAGUCAAGGCAAGGGUCAGGGAAAUGGCCAGGACAAGGGAAGCAGUCAAGGCAAGGGUCAGGGAAGUGGCCAGGGCCAAGGAAGUGGUCAAGGCAAGGGCCAGGGAAGCGGCCAGGGCCACAUCCAAGGCCAGGGAAGCGGCCAUGGCCAGGUCCAGGGAAGCAGUCAGGGCCAGGUCCAGGGAAGCGGUCAGGGCCACGGCCAGGUCCAGGGAAGCGGUCAGGGCCACGGCCAGGGAAGCGGUCAGGGCCACAGUCAGGGAAACGGUCAGAGCCACGGCCAGGGUCAGGGAAGUGGUCAAGGCAAGGUCCAGGGAAGCGGUCAUGGCCAGGGAGCUGGCCAGGGCCGCGGUCAGGGCCAUGGCCAGGGAAGCGGUCAGGGCCACAGUCAGGGAAAUGGCCAGGACAAGGGAAGCAGUCAAGGCAAGGGUCAGGGAAGUGGCCAGGGCCAAGGAAGUGGUCAAGGCAAGGGCCAGGGAAGCGGCCAGGGCAAGGGCCAAGGAAGCGGUCAGGGCCACGGCCAGGUCCAGGGAAGCGGUCAGGGCCACGGCCAGGUCCAGGGAAGCGGUCAGGGCCACAGACAGGGAAACGGUCAGGGCCACGGCCAGGGUCAGGGAAGUGGUCAAGGCAAGGUCCAGGGAAGCGGUCAUGGCCAGGGAGCUGGCCAGGGCCGCGGUCAGGGCCACAGUCAGGGAAAUGGCCAGGACAAGGGAAGCAGUCAAGGCAAGGGCCAGGGAAACGGUCAGGGCAAGGGCCAGGGAAGCGGCCAGGGCCAUGGCAAGGCAAGUGGCCAGGGCCAUGGUCAGGGCCAUGGAAGCGGUCAGUGCCAGUGCCAGGGCAGUGGCCAGUGCCAGAGUUGUGACUGUGGAGGUGGUUGCGGAUGUGGUCAUGGUGGGGGAUGUAAUUGUUGAAAUGGUCAAGGGUAUUUUGCGUGACACUCAAUGGUGCUCUUCUCAGUUUGGUGCUUUUAUUCUUAUGGAAUGUUUUCCCUGUCUGUUCAUGGUUUACAAAGACUUGUCCAUCAAAUA